CCACAUUGAGUUGGAAACUCGCGUCAAAAUGGCGUCUCCUAUCAAACUGCUCUCCUACGCUUGCUGCCUUGUAAUUUUUCUAAAUAUCCUUAACCAAGUAUUAGCUGGUCGAGAUUUCUACAAAAUCUUAGGAUUGUCUAGAGAUGCAACAGAUAGGGAAAUUAAAAAGGCAUAUCGAAAGCUGGCAAUGAAAUGGCAUCCUGACAAGAAUCCUGAUGAUCCUUCAGCUGCUGAAAAGUUUCAAGAUCUAGGAGCAGCUUAUGAGGUUCUUUCUGACCCUGAUAAAAGAAGAACAUAUGAUCAACACGGAGAAGAAGGUGUCAAGAAAAUGGGUGGUUUCGAAGAUAGCGGGGGAUUUGACCCUUUUUCAUCCUUCUUUGGUGGCUUCGGCUUUAGUUUUGGAUCUCAAAAUGAAGGGAACCGCCAUUCUGAGACGCCAAAAGGUGCUGAGGUUGUCAUGGACCUUGAGGUAACAUUAGAGGAGCUGUACACUGGAGAGUUUGUCGAGGUAAUGCGGGCCAAGCCUGUUGCAAAAACAGUUCCGGGUACAAGAAAGUGCAACUGCAGAAUGGAAAUGAAGACCACCCAGCUUGGACCCGGUCGCUUCCAAAUGAUGCAAGAAGAAGUUUGCGAUGAUUGUCCGCAGAUCAAUUUUGUAACCGAGGAAAAACUUUUGGAAGUGGAGAUUGAGCCGGGCAUGAUUGAUGGGCAAGAAUACCCUUUUCUUGCUGAAGGAGAGCCGCAUGUUGAUGGUGACCCUGGAGACCUGAAGUUCAAAAUCAGUGUUCUGAAGCACGACCGAUUUGAACGGAGGGGCGAUGAUUUGUACACAAAUGUGACACUGUCGUUGGUGGAUGCAUUGAAUGGCUUUGAUCUAGACAUCCAGCACCUUGAUGGACACAAAGUCCACAUUCACAGAGAAAAAAUAACUUGGCCCGGCGCAAAAAUCAAGAAAGCAAAUGAAGGCAUGCCAAACUAUUCAGACAACCUACAGAAAGGAUUUUUAUACAUAACAUUUGAUGUCAAUUUCCCAAAAGGAGAAUUAACAAAUGAAGAAAAGCAAGAUAUAAAUAGAAUUUUGAAGCAGGAAUCAUCUCAGACAGUUUAUAAUGGAUUAUAAUGGAUUUUUACAAGAACAAGGUGCGACAAUUUAAAGACUCUCUAGGAAUAUUUGGACAAUUAUUAAUAAAGUUAAACGUGUAUUUCUCUCCCUUAGUUGAAUUAUUAAUAACAUUCCUUCUUUCCCGUGUCAGAUAAUAUGUUUUUCAGCACAAAAGAAAAAUUUUACACUUACUAGAGACAGUUCCGAUUCUUUUCCAGUUAAGGGAAAAGAAAUUUGUUCUAAUGACAAUAUUCAGUGUCUUGCAUUAGGAUAAAAUGAAGAUAUCAGUUAUAAAGCAAUGUUCUGUGAAAUUGCUACUUGUGACCAGAGUUUAUGUCGUCUUGGCCUUUUGUCAUAGAAAAACCUCGUUUUUAUCCCCAACAAAACCAGAAUAACUUACCGAGAAGCCGAAUAUUCGUGAACGCUUGAUUCGGUAUCACUGCAGUCCUUUCCGUGUUGAAAAUUUAUACAUUUAAGUAUUUGGAAUGUGGCUGUUGAUGCUCAAGAUGGUGCUACAACCGAAUGCGAAAAAAGUUUGCUAACCAAUAUUGUUUUGGGGGUAAAGAAGGAAGGUUUCGGCGGGUAGCAGAAGGGGCGUGUUUAUUGCUUUUGGCAAGGAUGGUAAAAUAUUUUCUACUCCACUUGGUUGUUUUAGUCUCUUGAAAAUUCAAAAAAUUAGUUUUUAUCUUCAAUGUGACAUUCCAACGUACAACGUUCA